AUGUCGAAGACGGUGCCCAAUGCACGAAUCGGAACGCCAACUCCGAUGACUCCCGUGAGGGCAAUAACAUCUACGAUAUCCACUAGAUCCACACCUUCAGUCCCACCCGCAACCGAAGCAUAUGAACCUCUUCUCAAAUCUCUCUUCCAGCACAGACUGAAGUUUGUUUUACUGUUCACAGCGGCAGUGACAUGGCUCAUUGAUGGAUUUUGGGCGUGGUGGCAGCUAGGAAGUCCGAAAAUAUGGGUUAUUGCUACCCUUCCGCUUUCCCCGUGGAUCGUGUUUCUUGCUCUGAGUUGGUUUACAGUGGCCCUGCCUACAACUGUCCUCCGCAAGGUGUUUCUACGAGCACAACGCUCUGGUGCUGCGUCUCCGAUAGACAUAAUCAAAAUGUCAUCGUCACAAAAGAGCAUGAAGGUUGCAUCGAUUGUAUACUUCCUUUCCGCGCUUUCGGCCCUUAUCAUCCAUACGGUCAUGGCUUACUACUACGAGUCAGAUAUUCGAGGCGACCCCAAGCUAUCGAUAUUUGUAAAAUCCAAAAAACAUCCUUAUUACCUCAACGGUCGCCUUGUAUUUUUAUUUUUUUCCCAAGCUUCGACUGCAUUGGCAUUUUCUCUGAGGGGAGCGAUGAUAGACAGAUUCGCUUAUAGAUGGUCCCAUUCCUCUCAUUCUGGGCAUACAGUUCAAUUUUUCACAGUUGCUAUGGCCAUCAUUGUGUCUACAGUCUUUUCGACAAUGGCCAUCUCUACGGCUUCCCUUCUUUUUGCGAUCGCGCGACUCUGUCUUCCUAUAUUGAUUAGGAUUCCGCUGGUAUCUCUGCUUCUACGGCCAUUCACAGCUCAUUUUCUCAAAGGACAAUGGUCAAUCUUACUUCCCUUGAUUCAUAUCCCACUCCUCGUUAGAGCAUGGAUUUUAGCAUUUACAACCCUUGUUACCUGGGAAAUAGCUGACGACUUGUUUGAACACGUCGUUUCAGAGCCCGCUCAUGUUUCUCAAGUUACUGCUGACGCCAACACGACCAUUGUAUCUGGUAUUAGCUCUUCCGACAGGAUCUUUAAAUACUUUGCCUACUCAGAGCUGAGGGAUCUGGCAAAAGAUCAAUCGACGAGUGCAUCCACACAGAGAACGGCGCUCUUCGGUGACCAGCAGUCGUCUCUGAACCUCUGGAAUUUCCUUGUGCGCGAGAGCCUUGCCCUCCUGGAAAGUGAUUAUCAGCUAUUCCUUCGCCGAGGUCAGCCCGCACCGCCCGCACCUGUGCCAGCCCCAGUAACACCGAAAGUGACUGUUAGCCCUAACAUUGCGACACCGACACCGCUUCUGCGACAGCGAAUCUUUAAGUCAACUCCAGAGUCCCCUGGCCAAGCCGCGUUGGACGCGCUCUCCUCAGAUGGCCCUAUUGCUAAAGUCGUUGAUGUCGGCGCAGACGCUACACACAUGCCGGAGCUGUUCAGAAGCCUGGAGACACAAGUGAUAUCGUCGCCUAUUGCGGCAGAGGCAAAGAAGAAUGUCGAAACUGCCGCCGGACUAGGCAGCCGUAUCAAAUCCCGCGUUGUUUCGUCAACGACUUCGUUGUGGAGUUCAUACGCCCCUGAAACCGUAAAAGACAGCGUUGCAACUGUAGUAGCAUGGGCAGCCAAGAAGAGACUGAGCAAGGAAGUUGAGGCUUCGUUGCCAUUCCGGGAGCUGGAUCUUGUCGUCAUUGAAGCUCUUUCCUAUCUGAUAUCCUCCUCGUUGACGGAGGAUAGAUACGGAACUGUACAGAGAGACAUUCCUAAAGUUCUGGAAAUUAUGGUCUCCUUCCUAUCUGCAGUGGAAGAAUACCAGAUCAAAAUCAGCACUCAGCAAAAGCCAUUGUCACAACCUCCAGUUUCUCGCAGAGAGAAGCAGCAACAUGAAUCACUUGCUAUUGAAAUUCAUAAAUCUCAGGAAGUGCUUGGGUCGAUGGGGGAUGGGUUGAAAGAAGGUCUUGCUCGCAUUGUGAGAACGUUCGGAGACAAACUUUUUGCGUUCAAAUUCCCUCCGAGGAUUGGACACAAGCUCCAGGAAUUCCUUGAUUAUUCGACAUAG